AGGCAUAUACUUCAUUGUGGACGCGAUGUGGCGUCAGAGCACUCUUUGCCACUUCGCGGGCUUCCUGUCGACCCUCUCGUCGGAGUUCUCGGUCUUCACUCUAACAGUCAUAACAUUAGACCGUUUCCUCAAAAUUGUGUUUCCGUUGCGGUUCAGGAAAAUCAAAAUGAGAAACGCGUGUAUUAUAAUGGGUUUACUGUGGAUACUGUGUAUAGCGCUGUCGGCGGCGCCGCUAAUCGUACCGCAACUUGAGUUCGACUACUUCGACAACUUCUACGGCCGUUCGGGCGUAUGUCUGGCCCUUCACAUCACUCAAGAGCGGCCCAACGGCUGGGAAUACUCGGUGUUUGUGUUUCUUGUGCUCAACUUUCUGUCGUUCACCACAAUAGCCAUCGCCUAUCUAUGGAUGUUCUUUGUGGCCAAAAACACGUCAAUCGCCGUCAGAACUCCUGAACACAAAAUCCAUAACCGAAUGGCCAGACGUAUGAUGUUUAUCGUGAUGACCGACUUCUGGUGUUGGAUGCCUAUCAUCCUAUUAGGCAUCAUCUCUUUCUAUGGCGUCAAAAUACCACCACAGGCCUUCGCGUGGGUGGCUGUGUUUGUAUUGCCCCUCAACGCUGCCAUUAAUCCCACGUUAUAUACGCUGUCAACUCUGGUCUACCGGAAAAAGUCAAGUAAUCCCCACACCGUCUCAUUGAACAGGAGUUUUAAGGCUCGCAAUCAUAAUAACCAUAAUAUUAAUAACAGCCCUCCGAAGAAUAAUAAUAACUUUAAGACUAGUUUUAUA